AUGAGAGUCAGGAAGAUCGCUCCCAAGAUCCUCCAGCUGCUGACAGAGUGGACGGAAACCUUCCCUUACGACUUCAGGGACGAGAGGAUGAUGCGGAGCCUGAAAGAGCUGACUCACCGGCUGGCCAGUGGAGACGAGGUUUACAGGAAGGCGGUCAGUCAGAUGAGCCAGGGUCUGAUCAGGAGGUUGACGGUGCUCAGCCAGUACGAGGAGGCGCUGGUCAAAAUCAACGCCACGGCAACCGAGCGAUUGACUGCUCUUAAGGCGAAACCCCAGGCGGCCAUCCAGAGAGACAUGCUGUCCAUCUGCAACGACCCGUUCACUGUCGCCCAGCAGCUCACGCACAUAGAACUGGAGAGACUCAGUUACAUCGGACCUGAAGAAUUCGUCCAGGCCUUCGUCCAGAAGGACCCUCUGGACAACGAUAAGAGCUGCUUCAGUGAUCACAAGAAGGCCAGCAACCUGGAAGCUUAUGUCGAAUGGUUCAACAGACUCAGUUAUCUGGUGGCUACAGAAAUCUGCAUGCCUGUGAAGAAGAAGCACCGAGCUCGAGUCAUCGAGUUCUUCAUCGACGUGGCACGCGAAUGCUUCAACAUCGGCAACUUUAACUCCCUCAUGGCCAUCAUCUCUGGGAUGAACAUGAGUCCUGUGUCUCGGCUCAAGAAGACCUGGAGUAAAGUCAAGACGGCCAAGUUUGACAUCUUGGAACACCAGAUGGAUCCUUCCAGCAAUUUCUACAACUACAGAACGGCGCUGAGAGGAGCCACACAGAGGUCGAUCACCGCCAACAGCAGCAGAGAGAAGAUUGUCAUCCCUUUCUUCAGCCUGCUCAUAAAAGACAUCUACUUCCUCAACGAGGGGUGUGCCAACAGGCUGCAGAGCGGACACAUCAACUUUGAGAAAUUCUGGGAGCUGGCCAAACAAGUGAGCGAGUUCAUGGCCUGGAAGAAAGUGGAGUGUCCGUUUGAGAAGGAUCGCAAGAUCCUGCAGUACCUGCUGACGGCUCCAGUGUUCACUGAAGAUGCGUUGUAUCUGGCGUCCUACGAGAGCGAAGGUCCUGAGAACAACAUGGAGAAGGACAGAUGGAAGUCUCUGAGAUCCACUCUGCUAAGCAGGGUCUAAACUUCUGAACAGAAGAAACCAGAACGAAGACAAACCCCUGACGAGCGAGCCGGGCCCUGUCGACGCCGCUGUUGUCUAAACAAAGUAUCCCCAUGUUGGAAGGGAAACGACAAUCUCUAUUUGACUGGCGAGGAUCUUUUGUGUUCCCCCCAGCUUCAGAUUUCUAUUAAGCUCUGCUUUUCCUUACCCUCUUGCUCUUUGUGCUGUAUAUUUCAGGACAGCUGUUUUUUCCUCUCUUUGUAUGACUUUGUAGUCUUUUUUUAAAAAGAGAAACACUACAAACCUUCACAGUACAAGCCAAGGGGUGCCGAGGUUUCUCGUCUGAAGCAUUUCGCCCUGAUAUAAACCUCCUGUGAGCGUAAACUGAGUUGUUGGGGUCAUUUGUUCCCCCCCCCCCGCUAAUUUUCAACACGUUUUUUUCCACUGAAGCUACAAAGUUAGCCGCUGGUUGGCUAACUCGACUAUUCGCUCUGGUUCCAUAAGCCAGCAUCGUUUGUACGGAGAACUCAAAACUUGCCCGCAACACUGUUGUUAAACAUUAAGCUAGCCAUUAUUUGUAGUUUUGUUUCGUCUCCUUCCUUUUGUACAAAUACCUGAGUAUCUCUUCAUGUCAUGUUUCUGACGGUUUUGUUUAUUGUGAUGUGUAAGAAAAAAAAUGCACUGGCUGCAUUUGAAAGAUGUAACUGAGGUUUUUUGUUUGUGUUGUAUAAAGUUUUGUGGUUUUCUUCAGCAGGAAGCAACACUUCUUCCUCCUUUAUCUCUGACACACUCGAGGCCUCAGUCUUUGAAUGAACUGAAGCAUCAGUGAACCCCUUUUGCUAGCGUCUUUCGGACAUGGCAAUUGGGGAUUAAAGGGAUUGUUUGGGUUUUUUGGUACGGUAUGGGGUACUUAUCCAUAGGCUAUAAAAAACGUACAGUAGAUGUCAGUCUGCACGCCCCCAGUUUGGAGCAGCAGGCCGGAGUCCAACAUGGAAGCGAAACAGUGUUGUGGAUGGGGUCAGCUAAAAAACUAAUUUUAGCCAACUUAAAAAAGUCCCACCGAUCUAAAUCAAUAUCACUUCAUGUGUAUGCUAUAUUGAGAGUAUUUUCAGUGCAUUAUUUUUCUGUCAGGCAGCCCAAUCCAGGAGGAAAGCCAUUACUUUACUGGCUUGAGUUCCCCAUCUAUGCUCUCGUCAAAGCCACUAAACUCCAUAGACAAAAUCAGUAAUUUUAGCACACUGAACACAGGAGCUGCUGGUCGACCGCUGCCUCGAUUAGUUAGUUAGCUUGUGUUAUUGUGUGACUUUAGUGAAUCCGAACUAAACGUUUUAAACGUUAAAGUCACACAAUAACACAAACUAACUAUCUGAGGUAAACCAGCAGCUCCUGUGUUCAGUGUGCUAAAAUUACUGUUUUUGUCAAUGGAGUCUGGCAUUGAAGAAAGCGAUAAAAUGGCGACAUUUUCCCAUUGGAAAUCACUGUCUGACAUUAAGUUGAAGCAGUGGCAAUACUCUCAAUAUAGCAUACAUUUGACUGAUACUGACUUUUGGUUUUGGGUGGGACUUUUUUGGGGGGGGGGCUACAAUUUGGCCCUGGCCCCCAUCCACAGCAGUGUAUUGCUUUGCUUCCAUGUUGGACUCCAGCCUGCUUCUCCAAACUGUUGCUGUGCAGACUGACAUCUACUAUAUGUCAUAUGCUGUCUACAGUAAAGAACCUCAUACAACCCCACUUAAAAAUAACUGAAGUGUCCCUUUAACACACUGUUGGAUGAUGUAAGGAGCACUUCAUUGGAGGCACACUGAGUCCUUUAGCAGUGAGCUUAAAUGAAAGGUGUGAUGAUAGUGUGUUUCCUGUUGUUGCUGAUAAUCAGUGUUAAAAUAGCCCCACUGCUGCUGGGAAGAUAAGCCGGGCUGAAGGCCACCAUUCAUCCUUUGCCCUUUUGUUCCUGCUCUGAUGUAGAAGAUAAGUGUGCUUGUUCUGCCCCCUGGUGGUUCAGUCUGAAAAGUGAAUGGAUUUCAUGUGGUUGCAAAAUGUGAACUGAGGAUUUCUGUUACAACCCCACACAUGCUGAAUAUUAUCCUUUGUAUGUUUUUAUUUUUCAUAUGAUAUAAAAAAGUACAGUUUCCUCCAUGUUUGUUUUAUUUAUAAAUCUAUUUGUGUAGUCACAUUAUGUCCUCAUGCCAAUAUUUACUAUUAUUUUAUUGUUAUUUAAUUUUGUACUAGGUACAUAACAUUGCUUGAGUAGUCCUCUGAUAUUGGCUUAACUUUUAUUUUUCUAUACACGUUUGUAUGAGACACUUAUUUUUUCAAGGUACUGGCUCAGAGUAUGAAGUUGAAUGACUGAUGUCUGCUUUGCCUUGACUGCUCCUCCCUCAACACAGAGUGCUGUUGUGGUUUAUUGUGUACAUAUUGUGUUGCUUUUUCUUUCUCCCUGUGUUUGUUUAUUUGUAUUUGGACUGUUGAAAUGGGAUAGAGGAACUGUUUCUAAAUGAAUUAGUAGUGUUUAAAGAGGAAGUUAAUAAAAGAAUGUUUUAAAAGAA